UUGAUUGCAGACACAAGACCAGAACUCUAUGAAGAGGUUAAACUUUAUAGAAAUGCUAGAGAACGAGAAAAGCAUGACAAUAUGGCGGAGCUAUAUGCAGUGGUCAGCACAUUACAACACUUAGAGAAAGCAUACAUGCGGGACUGCGUCCGAGCCCAGGAAUACAUGGCAGCUUGCAGUAGACUGCUGGUUCAGUACCGAGUUGCCUUCAAACAGGUUCAGGGUGAUGAGUUCCCCACAAUAGAAUCUUUUGUUACGAAGUUUCGUUUAGACUGUCCAGCUGCUUUAGAAAGAAUAAGAGAAAAUAAACCAAACCUCAUCAAAGAUGACAAAGGAAACACCAACAAGUAUAUAGCAGAGAUUGUUUCUCUGUUCAUCACAUUGAUGGAUAAACUUCGCCUGGAACUCCGAGCUAUGGACAUGAUCCAGCCAGAGCUGAGGGACUUGAAGGACACAAUGGACCAUCUCAGCAUGCUGCCAGAGGACUUUGAGGGGAAAGUUAAGGUACAAGAAUGGUUAGACAAACUAUCGGAGAUGUCUGCAUCGGAUGAGCUGUCCGAGAGUCAAGUGCGCCAGUUGGUGUUCGACCUGGAGACGUCUUAUGGUGCCUUCAACAAGUUCCUACACUAG